AUGUACAUCCUCCAAGUCGCCGCCCUCUGCGCCACGUUCUCCAGCCUGGCGUCCGCCCACGGCUACCUGAAAUACAUCGAGCACGCCGGCAAGCGCUACGAAGCAUGGCAAGUCGGCUCCGACGAGUACCUCACCACCGUACCCACACGAUACGCACGGAGAAUCAAAGACAUGGGCCCCGUCGCGGACUUCACCACCAAAGACAUCACUUGCAACCAAGGCGGCAAUCUCCCCGCCACAGGAAUAAUCGACGUCAAAGCCGGCGACAAAGUCACACUCAUCUGGGACCAAUGGGGCUCCUCCCACUCCGGACCCGUGAUGAACUACCUCGCGAAAUGCAGCCCCGACUGCAGCACCUUCAAAGGCGACACGGGGAACGUCUGGGUCAAGAUCGACCAGGUGUCGUACGACAAGAGCAAAGCGACGCCCUGGGGCUCCGACUGCCUCGCCAAGAACGGCGCAAAGUGGACGGUCACGAUCCCCCCGACCAUCGCGAACGGGGAGUACUUGCUACGGCAUGAGAUUCUGGGUCUGCAUGUUGCGGGAACGAGGAUGGGGGCGCAAUUCUAUCCGAGUUGCACGCAGAUCAGAGUCACGGGCGGAGGCAGCGAGAAUCCGACUGGCAUUGCGCUUCCGGGGUCGUAUAAUCCAGAUGAUAAGGAGGGUAUCUUGACGGAGCUGUGGCGGAUCCAACAGGGUCAGAUUAAUUAUACGGCGCCUGGUGGGCCUGUUUGGAAGGGUUCGGUACCGAAUACUAUGCAAUGCUAA